AUGACCUGAGCCAAAGGCAGUCGCUUAACCAACUGAGCCACCCAGGCGCCCCCAGCUUCCAUUCUUAGGGGUUUUCCAAAAGUCACGUCAUUAACACAGACUCAAGUGUGGUUGAAAGAGGCUUGAUAUGAGUAACGAAAGAUCCCUUUACCACCUAGGAAAUUCCAAGUGUUGUUGGAGCUCUGGACCAGGAGGGCCAAAUGUAUACUUCUUACAAAUUGAAUUUCACAUAGGUCAAACCGUGUGUGUAAAAGCACCUCUUGGAAAUUUUAACCGGAAAUGUACUGAUACAGUUACAUGGGGAGGGGAGAGUUUUUCUUUGGAUGUGUGCAGCUUUCUAGGACUGUUCAAGCCUCCUGAUCCUUAGAUUGUACUUGGAGAAAAUGGGGGCAUUCGACCCUAGGUGGGCAUGUCCCGAAUCAGACCCAUCUCCCCCAAAACAUACUUUGCACCCGACAGAAGGGUGAGGUGGGGGCCUUCAAGAGUGCUUACAGUGCUGGAUGUGUGUCAUCUGAACUGUGUGUGUUGCAGGAGGAGGCUUACAGGGCUGGAUUCAGUCAUCCAGACUCUGGGUCACAGCGUUCUGAGGAGAAUGGGAGGGGAUUGUGUCCGAGAGCAGGUGACAUGCAUUCUGGUUUUUUUGAGAAGCGGACCUCUGUAGGUGGUCCACCUGUGUCAGCCUGUCUCAUUGCUUUCUUCCUUCCUUUGCCCCAUUUACGGGCAUGGAAAGGUGAUUAUUACCUGAGAGGAAAGAAAGAUUUGCUAGUGGGCUCAGGUUUGGAGCCAGCAAGGUGAAAUUUGAAGAAUUUUACAUGUAUCUGAAGCUACUUCUCAGUGGUAUCUGUUGUUUUCCCUAGGAAGGUGAGUUAUGCAGGGCAGAGCAUUUGGGGGCAUCAGAAGCAAGAGUGUACAAAGGGCCAGUUUUGUAGAAGUAAUGCCCCCUGGGUCCUGCCUGGCAUGUAUGUACCAAUCGCUGGUGAUUUUGUGGUGAUUUUAAGAAAUUGUUUUAAGGAAUGUCUGGGGUUGGUCUGGUCUGGCAGCUUCUACCACUCUAACCUGCACCCUGACCUGAGACGGGCACAGCAGGCUUUUCUCCUACCUUUCAGGACGAGCUGCUGUUAUGUUUUAGCUCUGCCCAGCCUCUUCCUUUCCUGCUCCCUGUUUCCCUCCAGAAGGCACCAGUAUUAGAAAAAGUGUAUGUUGGGAGGCAUUUUUCUCUUCUCUGAAUCCUCUUUCUCUGGGAGGUUGUAAUUACUGUUUUCUGAGGUCAGACUUUGUUUUCUCUUAGGAACCAGUGAGCCGAAGGAUGCUGGGCCUGGAGCAGAUAGAGGCAAGAGAGGAGGAAAGCAGAGUGACUUUGCCUGGUGGAGACGGAUGCAGAAGCGGGAGUUCCCUUGGGCUGACAAGGAUUGUUGCAGUCUGGCUGUUUUGGGGGCCGGUGUUUCCAUGGGAUUUUUCUACGUCUGGAUUCUGGGAAGGAAAUCACCUGGAAGCACUUCGUGCAGUGUUCCCUGGUGAGCGGUCUGGCGCCCCUGACGUCACAGGCAGGUCCUCCGUCUUCAGGGUCCACCUGCGCCCACUGAAGCUGGACAGGAGCCUCUAUAAGGAUGCCCUGGCAAGAAAGCUCAUGGUGCUCACUUUGGGCUUCACGGAACUUUGAAUCUGUUGAGACAAAUUAAAGGCCUCAGAGGUGAUGAGCCCCAAAGCUGAUUUGUACCCAUUUGUUUAGACUUG